AUGCAAGAUAUAGAAGAUGAGCAGACCUAUUACUACUCAUCGUCUAUAAAGAAGAAGAGCGGACUUAGAUCCAAAUCAGCAAAGAAGGCCUCGAUCGCUAGUAAGAUCGCAGAGUUCAAGCUGGAACAGGAACCUAGGGAGGAUCAUCACGAGAACCCCCUUCUUAGAUUGCUGCAGACUACAAAGAAGGAGAAACAAAAGACCAAGUCUAGUGACUUCAAUGAAAAGAUUUUAUCCAAGGUUUCAUUCAACCUUUCUGGUGGUAUCUCUAAGUCUUCUACCCGGAGAAGAAAGAGAAAGGCUAAGGAGAACCUCAAGCCAAAGAUGGAUGAUUUGCUUCUGAGUCUUCCAACAGAGACACUCAACCUUGUAGAUGUUAAGGAGAGCCAAGGUUUCAUCCAGGCCAAGAAGAAGGAUACCAACAAGCCCAACCCACAGAAGCAGGGUGGACAUGCAAAGUUGUUGGAGAGAGAGAACAAGCAAUUUAACAAGGUUCUUACGGAUAAGCAGUUCAAGGCGUCUCCAUUUGAUGCAUUGAAAUCAGCCAUUCAGCAGAAUCUUCAGAGAUAA